AUGGAAUUUUGUUAUGCUUCUAUACUUAGGAAAGAUAUUCCUUUAGUUCAGCACUGUCCAGAACAAGGGAAUUUCGAUCUCUUUUUCCAACGUUAUGUUGAAAACAACAAACUUGAACCAGGAAAAACAAUUCUCUUAGCAGACAAUUUUUUAUGGGGAAUACUAUAUGAGGAAGAAGGACUCACUUAUAUAUGCGUUGUUAAAAAUACAAAUGAUAGAAAUAUUUUAGAUAAAGCCCUUGAUGAUAUGAAAAGUAGAUUUAUUCGUAGUCAUGGUACAGAUUGGAGAAAAGCAAGUCCGUUUGGCCUCCAAACUAGCUUUGAGCCACAACUUAUCUUGGUUAAACAAUCAUUACUUUCAGUUGCAGGCGCAAUUGUCCCGCCUUCGCAAAUUGAUGAAGCUGAUGAAGGAGUUUCUCCUUUAGUUGAUGAAGAGUAUCCAUCAGAGUUUGAAAGUGCAGCUGAAAACUCAUUAAUUGUUAGAAUUCCAAAAAUGAUUAAGCCUAGCAUAGCAAAGCAAGAAAUUACGCACAUAUUUGUUUGGAUACUUGUGUUUUUGCUUUGCGCAUUUAUUAUUUACUUCAUUCUCGUUCUUAUUUGCGGCGGAUUUGAUUUAUCACCUCGUUGUUUAUAA